GUCCGGCUGGAGGGAGCGCUGGAGCUGAGGCUAGCUCGGCUAAUGCACACUGUGGCGGGUUCCGGUUCUCUUUCCUAUAGGCCGCUGCCUCCGAGUCGCCAAAUCAAUCCCGAGUCCAUUGGUGUCAUUCGCUUGGUCCUGUCCUGGCUAAUGAUUGUUGCCAUGCAUCUCUUGUUCUUGUUCAUCGCCGCUCGACACACAAUAGAUGGACAAUACAAUAGGGAGAUAUGUGGUACGUCAACUCUGCUGGCCUGGCGAAUUCCCCCUCUGGAUCCACUAUGUCCACCAUUCUCGAGACCCAAGCAGGAUCAUCGCUUUCGGACAAGGCAUCGACAGAGCCUGGGUACUGUGGCACCGGUGUUGUUACCGCAGGACUGCUCAGACGAUGGGAACUAUACUGGGUAGACCGCUAUGACUUUCUCGAGCGCAGAGGCUAUAGGCUUCGCGCUCGGUAUCGACCAGGUUGGGUGCCGCCUUCGAGAGAUUCAAGUCACCAUGAUCGCCUCGAGUCUGAAGACACAUCACCGAUGUAUGCUCGGGAGCACAUCAUGGGCGCCAUUCGACUGUCCGACGGUGUGCAAGUGUGCAUCAAACGGGUUGUCACUGCCACCGACGAGUCGCGCAUUGUCUGCACGUUCUCGUCAGCACCACUCCGUGACGACCCUGCAAAUCAUGUCGUUCCAAUCCUCGACACGUUCCAGGACGAAGACAAUGAGUACAUCUCGUAUCUCGUGAUGCCCUUUCUUCGACAUAUCGACGAUCCCCCGGUGGAUGUCGUUGGCGAUGUGGUGGAGUUUGUCAACCAGCUACUCGAGGGACUCGCUUUCCUGCACAAAUACGGUGUGGCGCACAGGGAUUGCUCGUAUGCGAACCUUAUGAUGGGCACGCACACAGUCUCCCCUCGUGGCAACCGCCUCUACAAGCCAUCAUGUGUACCAAGUAGUCCUCGUGUCGCACCGUGCCGGAGUCUGAGUACAGGUAACUCAGUCAAGUACUACUUCAUCGACUUUGGCUUGUCCGUAUACACUCCCUCGGACAAACGAGGAGCCUUGGUCCUGGGAAACGAAGGGCGUGAUCGGGCCCCGCCAGAGCUCUCAAGUGGACACAAGGUUCCAUACGAUCCGUUCAAGCUCGACGUGUUCUUGAUCGGAAACGUCCUUCUUGUACCCUUGGUUGAUCGCAUGACACGAAAGGACCCUGUGGAUAGGCCGGAUGCUAUUCGUCCCGACUUGACCUGGAUAGAGAAACGACGGCCACUACGAAGGCAUGGGGGUUUCUGGACGAACUAUGCAACACUCACCAUACUCGUGUUCAUCUGUCUCGUUCUGUCGUGUGUGUCGGGUUAACUGGAGGGUGUCCGACGGCAGCGGAAUCCGGUGAGGGCGUCUGUUCACUACGACAUGAUUACUCUCGGCGCAUGUAUGUACUGUUAUGUAUCACCC